AUGGCUAGGACAGUAGCGCUCAACGAGGUCGAGACGACCUUUGUCGGACUGUUGGAUGAUUUCGCAAGAAGACUGAAUCCGCCAGUGGAAUGCAGAAUUGCAGGAGGUUGGGUCAGGGAUAAGGGCUUAGAAGUGAGACGUAUGCCGACAGCAGGAUUCCUCAGGUGGGAUUUGACCAUCAACGCUUUGUUCUACAACGUUCAUGUUCGGGAAGUGGAGGAUUUUACGGGACGUGGGUUGAGCGAUCUGCAGAACAAGGUUGCAUGUACACCAUUACCUCCAAGACAGACUUUCGAAGAUGACCCUUUGCGGAUUCUGCGCUGUGUGCGGUUUGCCAGCCGCUUUGAUCUCAGAAUAAAUAGCGGAGUGGUGGAUGCAAUAAAAGAGGAGAAUGUAAAGGUUUCGAAAGAACGUAUCGGAAUUGAAGUCUCAAAGAUGGUACAGAAGAAUCCUUUCAAAGCGAUGACUUUGAUAAAUGAUCUUGGUCUUCAUUCACACGUCUUUGCUUGCGACGUAAAUCCGCCAAGGGAAUCUGCCUAUGCCUCGGCACAAAUCCUUUCAGCCUUAUCUAGUCGAUUCCUUGUUGACGAGAUGCUUUGGUUGGCCACAGCAGCAACGCCGUUCAGUGAUAUGACGGUGAAAAGAAAAGGAAAAGAGCUUCCUGCGGCCUCGGUGGUGAUAAGCGAGGGUUUAAAAAACCCCAAUGUACGACCCUGGCGAAGGUCUCUGACUUGGGCCACGGUCAUGGCGAUGUUGCCUCAAUGGAACGGGGAAUGGGACCAGAACGCAGAAGAUACGGCGUUGAAGUUUGAGCGGUUUAGGGGAAAGAUUGAGGCUUUGGGAUUACCGGAAGAUAUAGACAAGCCGUUACUGCUGAAUACAAUCAGACAAGCUCUCAACGCAUGGCAAUUGGAUCACCCUUUAGACACGAAAGAGGAAUGCUCGUCAUGGCUCAAGUUGAUGUGGGAAGGCGGAGGACGAGCUGAGUGGGAGAAGAAUUCGAUUCCAAAGAAAGUGGUGAAAGGGGAGAAGCGUAAACGAUGA